GAGGUGUCGGUUGGUGACGGUUGAGAACGCGAGCGAAUGCCUGUGAGGGCCGCUUCAGAGCGCGGUAGAUGGUGAGAGGGGCUGGAUCUUGUCUCCGCACCGGGGACGGACAAACCGUGUAAGGGUCCAUUUUGACGGAUACGCAAAUAGAUUUCGUGAUUGUGGAAAAAAAAUGUGACGACCUAAAUACUACUAAUCGCACCUCAACCUGAGCCCACUUCAAAGUUUGUAAUUCCUUAUGUCGAAUGCAAUGGUACUGAUGUGGAAAGGGGAUCUGAAUUUCUCUGCAAGAAGUUGGUCAGUUCAGCUUCCCCCUUCAGUUAUCAUUAAUCACAGGUAAUUUGGUAAGGAGAUACUAUGGAACAGCAGCUUUUCUCAACUUCUCUGUUAAGUGGCAUCAGCAGUUCUACGCCUUCUGUGGAUCCAGCUCUCUUAUAUAGCCAUUGGUCUGUGUUUGCUGAUGAUAGUGUAUCUCCAGUUACUUUUCAUGAUGGCCCUAAACAGAGGGCCCAAUUUAGUUUACCAGAUUCUGGAAAUACACCUGAUUUAUUUGGACUGGUCUCCAGCAUACUGGAUGAGCCUGACAAACCAGAGUCCUUUUCCAAUUGGGGUUCAUCCUCGAGGUUGUUUCAGUCAAUUUGGUCUACUGCAAAUGGAGAUGCCAUUGGAAAUACUUUGAAAAACAAUGUGGAUCACAGAAUUUCAAAUCGUUUAGGCAUUUCUCAAUACUAUGAAGAAAACUCUCAGGCCUUAGCUGAAACAGGAAAAUUUGAUGAACUUUAUCAGGGUUUUCACAAUUUUAAUCUUUCAGAACCAUGGAUGUCCAUGAUUAGUAAGGAUACCAAUCAGUGUGAUUCUCAACCCAGUGAUGUCUCAUCUUCAGUGAGAAACAAUACUAUGCCUAAUAAAGAAGGGUUCUCCUUACAGACCAAGGAAUUUGAUUGCUGUUUACAAGAUUAUGAGGAAACAGAAAGGGGAGUUUCUGAUUUUACUACACGUAACUUCCGUAAUAAUUGUCAUAGUAGUAAUACAAACACACGCAAGGAGCACUACAAAGCUGACCGAUUUAGAGAGAAUAAAUUUGUACCUUUUGGAAUUAAAGAUCGUAGCCGGAAUGCUGAAAAUAUUUACGGUUCACAUGUUGGUGAACUAUGGGGAAAGGUGCUGCAGGAAAAGCAACCAAUUCAAAAGGGAUAUGAAGAUUUCAAUGCCAGUCCUCUUAAAAAUAGCUCUUCUGUUUCACAGAUGAACUUCCAUGGGCAUCAGUUUUCCAAGGAGAAUGGCUUUGUUGCUGACAUGAACCGAAAAUCUGCUUUAGACUUUCCAAAACAGGAAAACCAUGCUCGUAUUUUGCGAGGCAAUUUUGAGAAUCAGUGUGAAAAGCUCCAUCAGAAUUGCUUAGAUGGCCUUCCCAGAUCAUCUGAGUAUGUUAAUUUGACAAGUAUAAUGCCACAGAGUGGUGCAUAUAGUCCUCAUUCUUCUCAAAGCAGCCAGUUGUGGUCUGAUAACAACAUGUUGAGCUCCUCUGGUGAGCCUAGUCCAGUGUUUAGAAAAGACGGGAGCAUCAUUUCAACAAACUCUCAGACAUCAACUAUUUCUGCUGUAAGUAGUGGAUCCCCAGCACAGUUACCAAUUUCCGGUGUCCUUCAACCUACAUACUAUCCUUCGGCAGCUCCAUUGGAAUCCUUAAGGCAAAACGGAUGCCAGAAGUUUCCUAGCAAUACCAUCAAUGAUUGGGGUUCAUCCAGUGCUGGUGUGCAGAUGCAAGAACAAAAGAAGACUAGUACAUCAUUGCAGAUUGAAUCUUCUGGCACCAGAGAUGAUCAGUAUCGAAAACAGUCUCCUAGCUUUGGUACCAACUGGACACCACAUCGCAAUGUUGGUAACGAUGAGCCAGGCAAAUAUUUCAGAUCUCCUAACAAACAUGGACACAAUGGUGCUAACAACAGAGACGAUAAGAGAGGACGGAAAAAUGGGUAUCCACAUUCUCUGCAGCCUGGACCUUUUGGUCAAAAUCACCAACAGUAUAAUAGUUACUGUAGAAAGCAAGAACAGGAUGGUAGCAAUUUGUCUGAUUUCAUUAAUCAUUCUUUUGUGCCCCCAUUCCCAUUCAUGAUGCCUGAUUUUAAGCAAAAUCAAAACUUCUCUCAAUUUGGCCCACAUGGAUUUUCUUCAGCCAGUUUUCCUUUUCCUCCUUCAACAUUUCCAUUCCCUGAACUUAUUGACUUUUUUCAUUAUGAUGACUUUAAUCAGCUGCACCCUUUUAUGAAUGAUCUUUUUGGUGGAGAUAUGACUACACCAUACUUUGGCUUCCCACCACCUUUUUCGAAGUACAGACCUAUGAAGAAUCGCAGUGGCCCAGCAAAUGAACUCCAUAUUCGACUGGAAGAGUGUUAUGAGCAGUGGCGAGCUUUGGAAAAGGAGAGGAAAAAGACUGAAGCUGAGCUUGCAAGAAAUUUUCCUGGAAAGCGAGUGUCCAGUUCAAACAAUACUCCUAUUCCUCGCCUGCCUUCCAAUCCCUCAAGAGUAGAUCGUUUAAUUGUUGAUCAGUUACGUGAACAAGCUAGGGUCUUGACUUUGCUUGGCAAAAUGGAACGUCUCCGAAGUUCUCCUGUUCAUGCUAAUAUAUCUUCAACCCUCAAUUGCCAUUUGGAAGCCAUUCAUGUCACGCAAGCACGUCGUAAAGAUGAAAUAAUUAAUGCUGCAAAUCGUCAGAGACAAGGAGCACCUCGCUACAAUGAUGAUAAAGAUGUUUUGGCCCUGGCAGCUGCCAUAAAGGAUUUAACUAUGUCAACCCGCAAGGCUCGUACUGCUCUCUGGUGUGCAUUGCAGAUGACCUUGCCAAAAUGUUCCCUAGGGAUUCUAGUCAAGCAAGUUGAAAUUGAAAAAGCACUAAAAGAGCUGGGUCAAGGGGGUGCUAUCAAAAAUGAGGACAAAAGAUUCAGUGAAGAGAAAAUACUGGAGAAACCUGAAUCUGACCAUGCUGGAUAUGCAGCAAUAAAGAUAGAAAGUGAUUGUAAGAGAGAAGCAUGUUGAAAAAGUAACAGCUUAACAUGCAGCUGCUGUUCUGUUUUGUGAGUUCUGCUAUGGAAUAUGUCAAACUGUGGAUGAAGUGUUUAAAGCAGUAUUGAAGUAUCUGUUUGCAUUGUAUGAACUUUUAGGAUUAAUGAUGAGCCACACGUGUUUAAAAAAUAGCUUCCCUAAAUUUGAAAUUAACCUGGUAAUCUGAAUGGUAAGGGUAAGUUGUAUACCUGAGAAGAGAGAGGAGGAGUGAUAUGGAAAGACAUUGCUUGGUUAUCAAUUUCUGAGAAAAUCUGAGAAGUGAAAUUUGAUCUCAGUUAAGUGUGAAAAUAUUAUUUUUGAUAACCACUUCUGGUGCUAUACCAGUUUGUGCUGUAAUGAGCCAUUUCAGCUGCAUCAGGAUAUUGGCAAACAUAUUUCUAUUUGAAACUGGCUUUGGUAUAUGUUAAUAUCACCAGAUAGUAACCAUACUGUUCAGGAGAUUGCACCAAAUCUUGCGUGGAAGAGAAGAGAAACCAAAUAAUUGCUGUUUUUUUCCUUAAUGCUGAGACAAGAAUUUUAAUUUUAAUGAAUGAGGUGAGUGAGCAUUUGUGACAAAACUAAGGGAAUACAGUACUGUUUGCAGUUUUAAAUAGCACCCAUUUUGGCCUGAUUUUGACAUAUUUGAGACCUGUAAAGAAUUCCAGUAAUUUACCUUUUUUAUUUUGUAAAGGGCAGUAUAAUUUCUACUAUGAGUUGAAUUUACUCAAAAAUGCAAUCAAUGAAGCAUGUUCUUUUAUGCUUUGCAAUUACGUAGAAUAUUUUUUCAUGACUACUUUAGAUUAUGAAAACUUAUUAAAAACUGAGAAUGUGUUCCAUUCUGAUGAGGUUUAAUAACUGUCAUUAGACCUAUCUAACUAAGGCUUAACACACAAGACCUAUUGUAAUAUUGAACUUUGCAACAAAAAAAAUAGUAAUGGUACUAAAAUCCACUGGAAGUGAACGAUUUAUAUAUUCAGUGGAUUAUCCAUUUUCACAUUCUAGCUGAAAUUGUGUGUGUGGUUACAGAAUUUGUUGCAAUAUUGUCUUUCUUUUAACUAGUUAUGUAACCUGAUCAGAUCCUAAAUUUAGUUUAGGCACUAGAACUUUAGAACAGUACUGUUCACUUUCCAUAGUAUUGUGAUACUGAUCAUUGAUAAGAAGAUUUGAGGAACGUUAGAAACUACAAUUGGAAUUCUAUCCUUUUUUAAAAAACUGUUUAGAAAAUUGAUUACUUUUAAUUAUUUAGAACUCAAAUGUUAUCUUUAACUCUACUUUGUAGUCACAUGAAUAAAUCAGAUUAUAAUGGCAAAUGAAAUCCUCAAACCAAAAACAGGGCUAUUUGGAAAAAGAGUAUUUGCCUAUCCACUCAGUUGACGAGAUUUUCAUAACUCUGUUAUGGAAUUGUAGAGUUUUAAGAUAUAUUAUUGAACAAUUCUGUUUGAGAUUAUUUGCUAAAGAAAUACACUGUUAUGUGCCUGUACACCCAAGAACAAUUUAGUUAUUAAUGUCAAGCACUUAAAAGCAGUCAUCCAGUUUUUACAUUGGUGAGUUAUUUAGUCAUAGGUUUCUUUUCUCAGAUGAGCAAACUGAAAAAAUUGUACCUGCAUCCAUAUAUGUAGACUUAACACCUCAAAUGAUUAAACGUGCAUCAGUAACUUUUAAUUAUCUUUUUAGCUUACUUCAGAAAUAGGUCUAUUCUUGCAUUUGGACUCCAAAAAAGUGGGGAGGUUACAAAAAUGAUAUUUUAACUAAUAUGUCUGAUUACGGUUAACAGCCCAUGAAACAAACCAGUGCCAUAUUUAUAGCUAUCUAAGAAUAAAAUCCUGCUAGUACCCACAUGUUCUCAAAAAAUAAUCUUUUUUCAUUUUUAAGCUUUCUCUGUUAAUUUUAUAUCAUUACACCUCUUCUCAAGGCAUUGAUUCAUAAUAUAAGUACUGGCUUAAUUAUUUUUUCAGUUGUGUGGCGGGGGAGGUGUAUAGCAGGAGUAGAAUAAUUUUUUGAGCUCUAAUUUAAAUAUGCUGAGUGUUUUGCAUCAUAUUUUAAUUUGCUUUCUGCUAUUUUAGAGGAGGAGGGGGAGAAAAGAAUUUGUUAGCUUUUCUAGUUUCACAAAUACCACUAGUAUGUCAAAUGGAUUCAGAAGAAAGAAUUUGAAAAAUUCACAAUCUUUCAGAUCAUGAACAUGAAUCCUCCUGGGGAAAAUAAUAGCAUGUUAACCACAAGUAAAAUUCAGUAACAUCUUAACUGUAACAAUCCUUCCCUCAUUGACCAUAUAUUUCAUCCUGGUAUGCUUCACAUGUUGCAGCAUUUCUGCUACCUUCUGCAUUAUGGCUGACCAUGAGACUCUCCCACUCUUUUCAUCAGGCAUAUUGGAAGAAUUUACAGGCUGAUAAUCAACCAUUUUGGCCAUGUUAUGAAUGCAUCUUCCAUGGCCAUCAAGUCCUGAAAUGGGACUUGAACCAGAGCUUCUGGCCCAGAGGUAGGAACAAUACCACUGCACCACAAGACAUUGCUGUCUGUACACCAAUUUUUCUAAUUAGUUUAUUUUAAAACAAUGUAAGUUGACUGGAGUACUAAUUGAGAAAAGGACUCCAUGAAUGUGUAGAAUCUAGAUAUGCAUUAUGUUAAACCACAGUGUUUUGGGGGUGGGGAGGGUUGGGGAAACCAAGAAUUUUGCUAACUGUAAUGCCAUCUUUUGUCUGCACUUCCUUUCCUUUUCUUAUAUCCCCAGAAUGGGUGUCAAAGUAAAAUCCCAGCAGUAAAAUCCAUUUCCUUUCACCAUCAAUGAGAAAGCCUUUUCCAGUGUUUUAAGGAUUUUAUUUGAGAAUUCCUUAACAAUUACUGUUGAAAAUAGUACAAAAUUGCUGUUAACUUAGCAAAGUGGCAUUUUUGUACUGUUUUGUAAUAUUAUGUAGUGUGUAUCUGCAGAAAUGGCCAUUUCAAACUUUACUGAUAAAAUUGAUCUUAAAAACUUAAAUCAAAUUGUUAAUAUUACUUUUUGUUAAAAUAAAAGAUCACCCUCAGCAUAAGUGGGGAGAGGAUUUUCUGUUUGCUCUUAGCAAAAUUGUAGGUGUAUUUUUUAUAAAUUUGCUGUUACACAUAGCAUACACCUAAAAUCCUUCUUAUCCCCUUUACUAAUCACUAUUUUUUAAAAAAAUAAUUUUUUUCUAGUGUCCUGAAAGAUAACCAAUUUAAUAAUUGCCUUGUAUGCAAACUUUGCCCGAUUAGGUGAGAAAAAAAUGUAAGUUAAAGCAACCCACCCAAAAGUGUAAUAUAGUUGUUAAAUAAAACUUUAAACCACAUUUUGUAUCCAAAUGCAAAUUAGGGCAAUAUUAAAUGAAUCUCUUGAAUGAGAUGUUGGUCAAAAGAGGCAUUUGAACUGCCCUAGUUUGAAACCUAUGCUCCUAAUUGUAAACGGCUGUGUUUUUUCUCCUGAAUUGAUGUACAUCUACUCAAAAAAAGUAUGCUUUUUAGUACCUGGGUUGCUAAAGCUAUUGAAUUAGAAAUCUGGUGACAACUUUAAUUCAUCUAUUUUAAGGUCUAAAAACAGAACUAGGUGCAAAUCUAGGAACAAAAGUCUUACUUGCUCAUUUGAAAAACAUUAUCCACCAGAAUCCUGUUGGAUGCUUAAUUGAACUGGGGGAUUUACUAUAAUUAUAAAUUGCUCUACUGAGGAGGAAUAAUCCAACAUGUUUAGCCUGAUACUUCCCAUAGUGCAAUCUUUGUAAUGUAGUCAUCAUCACUGCAUUUCAGAACUAAAAGACUGAAUGAAUGAGUACAAGUGCUACGUAACUUGAGUAAUCUCAUUUUAAGUCUAUAAGUUGUAUAAGAAGUUUAAGAAAGAAAAAGAACUGUUACUCAGGAUUAGUUCUUAGAUUUACUAACCCUCUGUGGUGGGGAAAUAAAUGUAGUACCUAUAUUUGAUCUAGCAUGCACUUAAUGAAGACAAAAUUGAUUUUUUUUGUAAUAUCAGUUUAAGGGAUUAUAAUUUUUAAAGCAUUCCAUAUAUUUAUUUUAAUAUUGAUUCAAACUUAAUUUAAAUUCAAAUUUAGUAUCUAAUGUACUGUAUUAAUGGGAUUAUUCUUGCCAAACCUUCCUAAUAAUCAGAUUAACUGUUUACUCAGGAAAUAUAUAUUUAAUAUUUAGUUUUUUGGGUUGUAUGUGCAAAGUAUUUUUCACAAAUCUAACUAUGUACAGUACUAGGUUACCAAAGCUAUUUUUGUUUAACUGAUUUAUUUCUAGAAUUCUGGAACCAUUUAGUGACUGUAGAGACAUUCUAUUACUUAGAGCUAGUCAUCUGCUAGUUUUCAUACUUGGGCUUAGACAAUCAGAAGUCUUGCGUCUUAAAGCUUUGUGAAUGUAGAGAAAGAUUAAGAUAUUUAUAGAACUAUUAACAUAGGUCAAAAAUGGUUUUUUCCUCCAUAUUACACUAAACCUGUUUGUCAAUUUAAUGCUUUUAAUAAAAAUUACCAUGUGAUCUUAUUUUUGAAAAAUUGUAUUAUAAACCAGGUAGUAUUCAUAGCUUGUAUUUGGAAAGAUUGGCUCAGGGAGGAAUCUCUUUGGGACUAUUCUAACCAUGAGAUUAGAUUUAAAGGCAAAGUAGUAGCACUCACUGAAAUUACAUUAGUUCUGCAUACGCAUAAAAUCAUUAAAAAAAAAAGGCAGCAUUGAGAGUCUUUGGGUUUCACUAUGUUAAGAUUUGCAUUUAUAAGCAAUCAACAAUCAACUGAAAUGUGCAAGAAACAAUAGUCUGAAUAACUUCCUAAAUGUGAUUUUGUAUUUCAUUUUUACUUAUUCUUAAAAAGACUUUUGUAUGGAUUGCAUUUUGUUUAAAUUCAAUUUCCUAUGUGGCCAGCAUAUAUGAACUGUUGAGACUUAAUUUAAAUAUUACAUUUAAUUAAACCGUCCAAUUUUUUUUCAAAAAUGCUGGAUUUCAUGCAUCUUUAUCUAAAAGUGUAAAACACAAUUUUCACUAAUCUUUGUUUUACAACAUAGUGCAGCCUAGCUUAGAUGUGCUCAUUCAGGAAAAUGUAGCAGUUCAGAAAGACAUAUACAUUAACUAUUUGUGGACAAUUUUGUAUUAAUGCAAAUUAAUUAGUGAACAAUAAAUGUAUGAAUUGGUGUUUGCUUACAAAAGAGUAGUGACUGCACUCCAAAAGUAAUUCAUCGAAUGUAAAGUUUAGGGAUGAUAGGAUUCCUAAAAUGAUACACGUUCGUUCUUUUAUUUAUCACUCAGAGAUGUGUAACAUGCCACUGUAAAAAGUUGAAUGUUGAUAUUAAUUAUAUUUUUGAUUAAGGAAAACUGGCUAACAAAUUAGUGCUGAGUUAAUGCUAACGGAAAAUUGAGGAAAGCAUGAAAUACUCUGUAGUGGCUUCCUUUCUGCAAAAUUUACUUAAUCUAUAUAAUUUGUCCAUUUAUAUCACAACGACUUUACUGUCUAACUAAAUGGUAAUACAAAGUGGAUUUGAGCAUUUAGGCUUUGGUUAAGCUCAUAUGACUUAAUAUUUGCUGAUAUAGCCAACUGAAGGUGCAUUCGUAUGGUUUCAUUGGUUAUGUUGAAAAGAGCUAGAAUAAUAAUUUGUGUGGAACCAAUGAUUGCUAAAGUUCUAAAGACAUGCUUGCAUUUAUAAAGCAUCUUUUAUGACCUCAUUUGUUUUAUAGUCAGUGAAGUACUUUUGAAGUGUGGUCACUAUUGUAGGAAAUGUGGCAGCCAAUUUGUGCACAGCAAGCUUCUAUAAAUAGUAGCCUGACAAUGAUCAGAUGUUGAUCGAGUGAUAAACAUUAGCCACAACACCAAAGCUAACUCACCUGCUAUUCAAAUAGUACAGUCGGUUCUUUUAUGCCCUCCUAGGAGCAGGCGAGGCCUUGGUUGAUGUCUCAUCUGAACAACUUUAUCUCCAACAGAGUAGCAUUCCCUCAGUACCAUACUGGAAUGUAAGCCUAGAUUUUCAUGCUGUUUGGGCUGGGACUUCAAUCCACAACCUUCUGACUCAGAGGCAAGAGUGCUACUAACUGAGCCACAGCUUCAAAGAUAUUUUGCCAUUAAGCUGUUUUAAAAUUGCCGUUAAAUGCUAAUAAAACAGACAGCUGUCAUAAUUUGGCUUACACCAUACCAUAUAUGGUAUGAGAUGAGACUAAUUAAUAUUUUACAACUGUUAAGAUUGCUUUUCUUACAUCCUACCUGCUCCCAAAAUGCAUAGUCUGCUUUCAAAACACUGAUAAAGUUUCUUAUUUUAACUACCAUGGUCCUCCCACCCCUCAUCUAAUGAUAAACAAAAUCCAAAUUCUGCAAUUUACAGUUUACAUUCUUUUGGAUUAAAAAAACCUUAAACAUUAAAUAAGUAAUUCGUACAACUGUUUCAUUGCUGAAUCUUGAAUGUAUGCAUUUAUGCUAUUGUACAAAUAGUUGGGAAGUAUUCUAUGUUAGGGACUUGAUUUCUUCCUGAAGGAAUAGUAUUUGCAUUUAUUUUAUAUACCACCAACACAGCUCUUCCCACCCCUCCUAAGUUGCUAGUUAACAAAAAUUGGGCUAAUAAUAUUUAAACAAAAUCAUCUUGAAGAAUCUUUUUCCUUAGUACAUUCAUGGUAUCCAGUCAUAGCAAUUUCUAAUUCAACAAUGCAAAGCAAAAUUCCUAAAAUUAUGUGUAGGUUGUAAUGCCUUAAAGAUAAGUAUUCUACUUUGUUCUCUGACUAGCCCAUUUACUUUAGUUGACAGAAAAUCAUGGGCUUUCAAGCACAGAAGUGGAAACUUUAUACCUUAAUCUUCAGUAAAAAUUUGUGGUCACAUUAAUAUUGUACCCUAACGACUGCAUACACUCACUUUAUUCACAAUUAAAAAUCUAUAAUGUAGAGCACCUUUUCCAUUCUGAAUUACUCAAUUUAUUUUUUAUUAAUGCAUUAAUUUUUCUGGUAACUGUCACUAAUUUGGAUUAUUCGGGGAGAAACAAUUUUCUGUUAGAAAGUGAAUUUUAGAAAUGAACGAUUGGAUUUGUUGAGAUAUUCCAGAAUAUAUAUUUAUCUCUGGAAUAGAAUGAAUACAUUUCACUUUUCUGGUUAGAAUGGACCACACGUGUAACUUUACAACCAUUCUGAAUUUAUAAAGGAAAACAGUUUACAGUCGAAAUCCACGGAAAUCAAUGCUGCCUUUUAUAAUCUAGAUUGCAACAUGCCUUUGUAUAAUAGGUUUACAGUUCUCAUUUUUGGUAUAAAUUUUAUGGAAAUAGUUUGCUACAGAUUUUAAUAAAGCAUUAAAAACGUACACAUUUAAAUGUACGGCAAUGUGACGAAGGGAAUUAAAGAAGAUUUGCUUGUGCAUUUUUGAAAUUCUUAGAUUUUGUUUACACAAAUUUAUUUUUGUAGCCAUACUGGAUUGUGCUCUAGUAAUGAAUGUAUUGGGCAUUGUAGAUUAUUUUUUGGGUUAUAUAUGUUAAUUUGUAUUCAUGGUGUGUGUAAUCUUUCUAAAUCAUUUUGAUGUGUAUUUUAAAUAUGGUAAUGUGCCUUUUACUGACAAUAUUUUAUUUUAAAUGGUAAAAAGCUGUAUGUAUGUUGGAUUCAACAGCUUUAUAAUUACUUGUUAUUACUGAUAGUUAAAAUAUUGCUAGUUUCUGCUAGCUAUUCACAGAAAAUCAGUUAUAUAAUGUAUGACAAUGUAUAGCUAACAGUUUAGCAUGCUAAUUUUCUUAACUGUAUUUGUAUUAGUCUGGUUCAGUAAAAGGCAUGAGGCACUUGCUUAAUUGUGAAAUCAAUCAACCUUCACUGGUAUUUAAUGGCAUGGAAUGUAAUUUAUGCAAUAAUCUACAAACUGUAUUCUCAUCAAAUGAAGAGUAUGUUAUCCAUAAUGUCAGUAUGUUCUAUCUUAGAUCAGUGUGAAAUUUGCUAACAAUAGUUUUUAGGUGCUAGAAUGUCAUUAAUCGCUUAUAUACUUUCCCCUUUCUUACUCAGUUUGUUCAUUUAACAGUAAGUGGUUGGCCCUUGACAUUUCUGCCCCAGGUUGAAAAUUAAAGCAUUUGUGGUACUUCAAUAUUUCCAAGUUUUUUAAUGUAAUAUGUUUAAUCAUGUCUUUUGCCUUGAUCACCAACAUUAGUUUUAAUACAAUAUACAGGAAUUUUGGUUUGCCUGAGGAAAGAUGUUGAUAUAUUUGCCCCACAAAUAAAAACACCUAAUUCAUAUACAGGGGAAAUUUAAUUAUCGUAACUUGUUAGAUUUACAUCGACAAAGGGGAACAAUUUUCAAAAGCCAAAUAAUUUGAGCUUUGAAUAGUUAAUCUUUUCACUGCACUUUCCUUGGUUAAUGUGGUCUUUAGCCAAUGCAACUAAUUGUUUUUUUUAAUGACAUUUUAUGUAAAUUGUGUUUUAGCCAGAGACAAACUGGAACUGAGCAUGUUUCUAAAUCACUGAAUUUCUAGAAUACCUGUAUGAUUUGCGUAUAAUAGGAAUUCCAUUGUUUCCUUAAGGUAGAAGAAUUCAGAGACUUAAGACCAAUGUGCAAUUGCAGACUUCUCCUGUGAAAGUAAGGUGUUGGAAAAGAUGGUCAUGAUAUUAUUGACUUUUAGGGGAUAACAAUGUUCACUAAAAAAAUGCUGUCAUCAUAUACUGGAUAUACUGGCGAGAAAAUAACCUAUAUUGCUGCUGUAAAAAUAUUAUGGCAAAAGUUUAAUAUUUUAGUUCCUGUUGAUAGAAUCAUGUGGUUGGGUUGCUCUGCUUUGGAGAUGUUCCACAGAUGCACAAUAUGGUUUGUUUUGUAAGUUCAGUCAUUACUUAUCUCAAAAAAAAGGACAAGGACUGAAAAUCUUGAUCACAGACUUUCAGAGGAGAAGUCAGCAGUACAUAGUGUGUAGACCAAUCAAAGUUCUGUUAAUGAAUACUGUUUAAUUAUAAAUGUACUGUCUUUGUGAAUCAUUUAAAACAAUGUUCUUUUGUUAUAAAUGUUACUGAAUUCAGUCUCGCUAACAAUCAAUUUAUUGUUUAUUGCAGUCAGCUGUGGCUUUCAAGUGCUGAAUUAUUUUAAAAGUUACAGUUUAUAUUUAACUGGGGCGUGUAGCAGCUUUGGAGCUGUUUAAAACAAAAGUUUGGAAAUUAGCACAUUACUGCAAAGAAAUAAAAGUUUAAAUUAGUUUGAUGUUAA